AUGGGGGGCAAAACUGCUAACAAAGCCGGCUACUUCGACAAGCUCAAGGGCUUGCUCGAGGAGUACAAGUCCAUCUUCAUCGUCGAGAUUGACAAUGUCUCGUCUCAGCAGAUGCACGAGAUUCGCCACUCCCUCCGCGGCAAGGGUGUUGUCCUGAUGGGCAAGAACACCAUGGUUCGCCGUGCCCUCAAGGGUUUCAUCAACGAUACCCCCGAGUACGAGCGUCUCCUGCCUUUCGUCAAGGGCAACGUCGGCUUCGUCUUCACCAACGAGGACCUCAAGGAGAUCCGUGACCUGGUUCUCGCCAACCGUGUCGCCGCUCCAGCCCGUGCUGGUGCCCUCGCUCCCAUCGACGUCUGGGUCCCCGCUGGCAACACCGGCAUGGAGCCCGGCAAGACCUCCUUCUUCCAGGCCCUCAACGUUCCCACCAAGAUUGCCCGUGGUACCAUUGAAAUCACGACCGACCUCAAGCUCGUUGAGAAGGGCCUCAAGGUCGGCCCCUCCGAGGCCACCCUGCUCAACAUGCUGAACAUCUCUCCAUUCACUUUCGGCAUGGGCAUUGCGCAGGUCUACGACGAGGGCCAGUGCUUCGAGCCCGGCGUGCUCGACAUUGGUGAGGAGCAGCUUCUCAAGACCCUGAGCAGCUGCAUCAGCUCCAUUGCCUGCAUUUCGCUCGCUAUCAGCUUCCCCACCAUGCCCUCGGUCAUGCACUCCGUCGUCAACUCGUACAAGAACGUCCUUGCCGUCGCCAUCGAGACCGAGAUCUCCUGGCCCGAGAUUGAGGAGCUCAAGGACCGCAUCGCCAACCCCGAUGCCUAUGCCUCUGCUGCUCCCGCUGCCGCUGCCCCCACCAGCGGUGGUGCUGCCCCCAAGGAGGCUGUCAAGGAGGAGUCCGAGGCUGAGGACUCUGACGCCGAUUUCGGUGGUCUCUUCGACUAA